CCCCUCCCAAAACCGGGGGAGGGGGAAGAACCGAGGAGUCCUACCCUGCCCCUCCCAUGCCCCCCCACAGGAAGUGGUAGGAAUUCCCAUCCCCACGUGACCCCUUUGGAAUGUGGUGACGUCACCGAGGGGGUCCAUUAAAAAAAGUUUUUGGGGAGUUAGGAGAAAAAAAAAUUUUGUGGGGAAUUUCGGAGCCGGCUGGAUCCGGAGCCUCCGUCACCCUCCUCCUCCUUCUCCUCUUUCCAACGGGCCAGGGACCCUUCCCCCCCACGAGUGGGGCAGGAACCCCCCUCCCCCAGCUGGGAUUCCCCCAUCGGAGCCAGGUCUGCAAGAUGUCCGGUCCCACCUGGCUUCCUCCCAAGCAGCUGAGCAAUUCGGGGUCUCUCGGCGUCUCGGUCUCAGCUCCAGCACUCUGCAAACCCCAGAAGAAAUACACCCCGGUCCCCGCACCCCCCAGGCCGGCCCCCCAGGAGCAGAACGGGGGUGGCAUGAGCGGACCAAGCUACCAGCCAGCGGGCCCUGGCAGCCUCCCCUCCCGUUCCCUGCCUUCUGGUUUCGGCCCCGAGCAUCAUUACCCAUCACCCCCUGGAGCCAAGGAUGAGCCAGGAGCACCCUGGGGUGGCCCCCCCUCUGCUGGACGCGGGUACCACAUGCAGGGGUCUGCCCUAGACCCGGGGCCCCACCGCCCCUCCAGCAUCGACGCCCAAAUAGACUCGCUCACCAGUAUGUUGGCUGAUAUGGAGAGCGCCGGCCCGCAACGCCGGGGGGAGAGGCAGAACUUCGACUCCGUUCCGUACCCGUCGGCCUCUGGCCCCCCGCAGCCAGGCCCCCCCAAAAUGCCCAGCCCCUACAAGCCAGGCUCCUUCGCCCCCAAGAACUCGCCCUACAGUCAGUCGCCCCAACCUGCCACCUCAACGGCUUCCUCUGGGCCGUCCCCCCAGUACGGGGCUGGCUACCCGCGGGUGCCGCCCGGGCAUAAGCCCUACCCGCAGCCCACGCCCGCGUCCUACACCACAUCGGCUGGGCCGGCGUUUAAUGUCCAGGUCAAAGUCGCACAGCCGGUGCUGGGUUACGGUCAACCGAAGCACCGGGCCGAGCAGGCCUAUGCGCCCCCGUCGCCCCAAGCUGGUCGCGGGGCCCAGUACGCCGGGGAGGAGGGCUGGUAUCUGGAGCCGGGGGGUUACGGCAAGAGGCCAGGCAAGGGGGAGAGCUAUGGGGCUGGGGGGCUGGCCAAGCCGGGGGAGGCGGCUGGGGGUCCGUACCAGGCUGCCGCCGGGACCCCAGGCAAGGAAGAGACGGCGGUGACGGGGAAGGUGCUCCCUGGUGGUGGAGGAUACCAGCACCAGGCCCCCCUGAGCCGCCCAGAGGAGGAAUUGGACAGACUGACCAGGAAGCUGGUGCACGACAUGAAUCACCCGCCGGCGGGGGAGUACUUCGGGCGCUGCGCCCGCUGUGGGGAGAACGUGGUGGGGGACGGGACGGGCUGCGUGGCCAUGGACCAGGUCUUCCACGUUCCCUGCUUCACCUGCACCACCUGCCACGCCCGGCUGCGGGGCCAACCCUUCUAUGCCAUGGAGCGGCGGGCGUACUGCGAGGCCUGCUACGUCGUGACGCUGGAGAAAUGCUCCCGGUGCUCCAAGCCCAUCCUGGACCGGAUCCUGCGGGCCAUGGGCAAGGCCUAUCACCCCCAGUGCUUCACCUGCGUCGUCUGCCACCACUGCCUGGACGGGGUCCCCUUCACCGUGGACGCCACCAGCCAGGUCCACUGCAUCGAGGACUUCCACCGGAAGUUUGCCCCCCGCUGCUCUGUCUGUGGCAACGCCAUCAUGCCCGAGCCCGGGCAGGAGGAGACGGUCAGGAUCGUGGCCCUGGAUCGGAGCUUCCACAUUGGGUGCUACAAGUGUGAGGAGUGCGGGCUGCUGCUGUCGUCGGAGGGCGAGGGCCGGGGCUGCUACCCCCUGGACGGGCACAUCCUGUGCAAGUCGUGCAGCGCCCGGCGCAUCCAGGAGCUCUCCUCGAAGAUCACCACCGACUGCUGAGGGCUCGGGGGGCUCAGCUCCCUGCCCAACCCCUGGGUGGGGGCUCUGUCUGCCCUCGCUGCCAGCCACUGCUUCAGUAUCCGUCAG